AUAAUAGGAAUCAUAACAAAUAGCUUCUGUGUUCAACUUGAAGAUUCUGUGAGAAAAUCGAACAUCCAUUGCUUAUGUUGAAAAAUAUGGCGAAAGUCCUGCUUGUCGGGAGUGGGAUGACUGGCGCUGCAACAGCAUCAAUGUUGCGCCAGCAUCUUCCCGACAAUACAAGCAUUUUCAUUUGGGACAAAGCGCGAGGAGCAGGUUUUUGACGGAUACCAUACUUAAUAAUUAAUUAUAAUAAAUACUAAAUUAUACUAUUAAGUUUCAAUAUUUUCCUAAUUCCAAAUAUAACUAAUCACAGUUUGUGUAGUUUCAAUAUUUUCCUAAUUCCAAAGAUUACAGAACACUAGAAGGUGUAAACUUUUAAGUCUAAUCACACAGGACAAGGCAUAUGUUAAAAUAAUAUGUAUAUAAAAAUUAUAGUUAGGCUGCGGCUUUUCGGACCCAGAAGUGAGAAGUUGGGUUUAUUAAAAAAUAUUUAAAAUAUUAUUAUUUGGUUUGUAAGAUAAAAUUUGGUAUAGAAUCAUAGAUAAUUUAAUGAACUAUAUAACUAUAUACUAUAUGUUUGUAAACCUAAUUCUUCAGUUUAACUAAAAUAAACUACCACAAAUGACAUUCGAAUAGCAUUUAGUCUAAUGGGACCCGGGUCCGAAUAGCGGCGAUGUGUGUCGCACAAGGCACGACUGGUGUGUCGUGUGCAGCAGGCAGACCCAUUUUCUCGUAUCUCAAAUGUUUCUUGUAUUUCAAAGCAAAACAUCACUCGCUCGACGUCUUGUAUCUCAAAAAUCUCGCAUGUUAAGGCACUUGUAUGUCAAGGUCCCACUAUACUUUUUUUUAUUUGGAAUUUUAAGUAUUUUGGUUUGAAUAAUUUAAGUACUAUUCUUCCCCUUCAUUGUAAUUAAAUACCGGUACGGUAAUUAAUGUCUAAUAAUAGCAUUUUUUUAUUUUCUAAAAUCUAAAAGUUGACCCCUAUACAGAUCUCAGAAGUAAAAACAAAUGUAUUAAAAUAAAAUGAAGAUAGGUUCAAAAAUUGUUUUUUUGUAUGACAUACUGAGGCCACCGAAAGGUCUUGCAAGUUGUUGUUCUUCUUUGCUCAGACUGAAGAAAGAAACUUUGAUAUUAAUGGUUUUUAAAAAGUCCACAAUCUCAAUUUACUUACACAUACUAAGGUUCUGUCUUAAAUUUUUAGGUGGUCGGAUGACAACAACUAGAUGUCCUGAAGACGCAUCGAUUACGGCGGAUCUUGGUGCUCAGUACUUUACUCUUACCCAGGAGUACAGUGCAAAGAGACAGAGGUAGGAGUAUGACCCGUUAUUUACAUUCUGACAAUCAUUCACAGUUUUGUUGGAAGAAAAUGUUUGCGGGUUAAAAGAUAACAAACAAGAAAAUAACGACUAUUUAUAUUAAAUGUGACUGGUAAAGUCUUCAGUUGAGAUGGCACAGAAAGUGUUCAGUUGAGAUGGCACAGAAAGUGUGCAGUUGAGAUGGCACAGAAAGUGUUCAGUUGAGAUGGCACAGAAAGUGUGCAGUUGAGAUGGCACAGAAAGUGUUCAGUUGAGAUAGCACACAACAAAGAGCUGCCAUAGUUACUUUGAACACUGGCCAAACAAAAUUUGGUGUCUCAUACGUUAGACCUGUUUCUAAGUUAGUUUAUUCCACUGAUUCCAAAUCAUACCACCGGUUGUUUCCAGUGAGCUCUAGUUUUUGAGAUUUUGAACAAAUAUCAUUUUUAAGCAUGAAGCAUAAUAAUAAUUAUUUAAAGAAGAUUCUGCUAUAUAAAUAUGUCUUUUAUUUUAGACCAAAAAGCUUAGAUUUAACUGAGUGCUUGCAUUAUUACUCUACACAAGUGAAGCUUCUUGUGUUAGACUUCUUCAGGUAGGAUCUUUCAGGACAAUGGUGAAUAAGAUUCCAACAAAAAUCUCCAUUAUAUACGCAUUUUAUCUUCCUUGAUAUUUGGCUAUGGUGCAUGUAUAUGUCAUGGAGAAUUCUUUCAUUUUACUCUGAGCCCCAAUCUAAGUGAGUGCAAUAAAAUUUUCCUCAAGAAGAAUAAAUGAAGUCGGGGAAGAUGAUGCAAUUUUCUAUUAUAGUUCUAUGAAAGAUGGGUCAUCAAUGCAUUUUCUAAUCUAUCAGUAUAAAAAAACUCCAGUUUUCAGUUUCUCUGUGAUAAGUCCAUAUUCAAUGUGCAGUGAACGCUUUAUUCAAUUUAAUUCAAAGCAUUUACAAAUCGUUUUAUCAGACAGUCCUAGGUUUUUAAUAAAUACAGUAGAAUGAUUCUACAGCGUGUAAUAAAUCUUUUUUUUAUUGGCUUUACCCUAUGACCAAAUUUCAUUCAGAGGCCAAUUCUUGCCUAAUUUUCAUGUUUGGCUCUACUAGAGUCAAGAAUACGUCACAUGGCCACUUUGGCUCUACUAGAGUCAAGAAUACGUCACGUGGCCACUUUAUAAACAAAGGAGAAAACAAUCAUUUUCAAGUCUACACAAAUCAUCCACCUAUGUUUUUUUGUAAUUUAUAUUUUCAAAGGGUAAAGAAAUUGUCUGGUUUUUAUCUUUCAUCCUAGGGCAUUGACCAAUGAGCAUCCUAUUUGUUCCCAUUUAUUAAAAGAAAACGUUUCAAUCUGUGUUUUGUCUGUUGAGAUAAAGACGCCACAUUCUUGGGUUGUAUUCUCAAAGGCCAAUGUUCGUCAGAGGGUUUCUGAUGUCAUUGCAUAAUAGAAGUUCUUGUUUUGGGUAAAAAGAAAAUUAGAGCAGAACCUCUUCUCUCCUAAGAUGAAAUGCCAUGUUUAUUCAAGGCUGAAAUUCAUUCUUUUUUUUUUCUCUUCUUUAAGUCUGGAGGCAAGCAUUUGUCGACUGAAGUAGACUUGAUGAAGUAGACAAAUGUCUUAAUGAAGAAGACAAAAGGUCUUAGAAAAGCAGACAAAUGUCUUAGUGAAGAAGACACAUUUCUUAAUGAAGUAGAAAAAUGUCUUAAUGAAGCAAACAAAGGUCUUAAUGAAGUAGACAAAGUCGUAAUGAAGUAGACAAAUGUCUUAAUGAAGUAGACAAAUGUCUUAAUGAAGUAGACAAAUUAUGUCUGGAUGAAGCAGACAAAUGUCUUAAUGAAGUAGACAAAUGUAAUGAUGUACCGGUAUACAAAUUUCUUAAUGAAGUAGACAAAUGUCUGAAUGAAGUAGACAAAUGUCUUAGUAAUGACACAAAAUGAUGGUAAUUUAACUACAUCCAUUUACCAUUUAAAUAAUAAAGCUUUAUAUAUCUUAAUUCAGCAAAUGUGACCUUAUAUGGAGAAAACUAUAUUAGUAAAAAAAAACUAGAGUGGGUAUGAUAAUACUAGAGCUGUUACUAUGAAUCUGAUCCAUUUUUAGAAUAAAUGUCCCAGAUAACACUAAGAAAAGACCUAAACCUUAAGGCACCCAAAUAACACUAAGAAAAGACCUAAACCUCAAGGCACCCAAAUAACACUAAGAAAGAAAAGACCUAGACAUCAAGGCACCAAGAGCAAAAGGUUUUUGCUUGUAGUUGGCCUGUAUGAAAUCUUUAAAUACCAUAAAGCUCAAGUUUAAAACUAAAUUAACAAAAGUCACUUGUAUCGGUGCAAGGGUGUUAACUCUGUUUUAUCAGGCAAACCGACUUAUCUGUUUUAGAAAUGCCAUUUUAAACGGAUUAUUGCUUUUUUUAUUAUCCUUUAUUGUAUGUUCUCCAUUACUCGUCAGCAUGCUGUCUCACUAUGUCAGCAUGCUCACUUGCGUGGGUCAAUGUAUGGAACAACCACCAUUGCUUUGUGACAUAUCUAUGAAUAGAUGAUCUUGAUCAACUUUUAACUCCAUUUUCUGAUGGAUUUUGAUGAUGAAAAUGAGAGUAUUACCUGAUAGUGCCGUUAUGUCAUCAGUGGUCUGAUUAAAAUAGGGAAUAUAAGCUAUAUCUACUUAUUUUAAUAUCCAAAAGAAAGGAAAUCUAUUUCUAAAUCCAUUAUAGCAAAAUCUUUAGAUGGCUAAUUAACCCACUUCCUGUCAACCUAUUGAGCUGAAACUUGGCACAUAGACUCUUAGCCAAUGACAACACAUUCUUUCAAAUUUUCAGCCACCAACCACCAAAAUCAGUUUUUUCCUGUUUUUAAGUGGGUAGAUGAGGAAAAUAUGAAGACACUGAUUUCACGAAAUAAAAUUCCUGAUAACGGUGCUAAAUGAGAUUCUUUUAAGAAAAAUAUCACAAGUUCGUUUGGGGCAUAAUAUUUUAUUUUGUUUUUCUGAAAUUGUUGGUGAAAUAAAUCUGUGAUGUAAAAGCGGGUGGGUCAUUAGAAUAGUAAUAUAGUUCAAGGGCAUGAAAAAAAUGUUCUUUUGCGAGCCAUGGGGAGAAGGUGUGGGAGCAAAAAUUGGGCUUCUUAUAUAAUUGCUUUAGUUGUUUGCAUGUUAGUCAAAUUUUCACCCCCCCCCCCAACCCCUUGCUCCAUAUUACAUGUCAUCAAUGAUUUAUACCAAAACCUUUGUCUUUAGAGGUUGUUGAAUUGUUUGAAUCUUAUUUGGAAAACUCCUUCAAUAUAAUAUAAUAAAUACCUAAUAACCUAUUUUAGCACUUAUGAUGAACUCAUUGCUCACGGGAUCUUUACUCCAUUGCAAGGACAAAUUGAGGGACCUAAUGAUUUCAAUCAGCCAGGUGCUCAACAUUUUGUCACACCUCAAGGUUCCAGCUCUCUGGUCAAAUAUUUCUUACAGAAAUCAAGUAAGUUGGUAUGUAGAUGGGGGAGGGUGUUCUUACCCCAAGUAUGUAAUAAUUUUAAAUUAUACACACAUUUCAGCAGUUGGCAGAAUAGGCAGGUUACAAUAGAUGACAUGUUAUAUAGGUUACAAUAGAUGACCUGUUGGGCUACAAUAGAUGACAUAUAAGACAGGUUACAAUAGAUUACAUGUUAGACUGGUUACAAUAGAUGCCAUGUUAGGCAGGCUAAGAUAGAUGAUAUGUUAGACAGGUUACAAUAGAUGACAUGUUAGACAGGCUACAAUAGAUGACAUGUUAGACAGGUUGCGAUAGAUGACAUGUUAGACAUGCUACAAUAGAUGACAUGUUAGACAGGUUACAAUAGAUGACAUAUUAGACAGGUUACAAAAGAUGACAUAUUAGACAGGUUACAAUAGAUGACAUAUUAGACAGGUUACAUUAGAUGACAUAUUAGACAGGUUACAAUAGAUGACAUGAUAGCUGGGCUACAAUAGAUGACAUAUUAGACAGGUUACAAAAGAUGACAUAUUAGACAGGUUACAAUAGAUGACAUAUUAGACAGGUUACAUUAGAUGACAUAUUAGACAGGUUACAAUAGAUGACAUGAUAGCUGGGCUACAAUAGAUGACAUAUUAGACAGGUUACAAAAGAUGACAUAUUAGACAGGUUACAAUAGAUGACAUAUUAGACAGGUUACAAUAGAUGACAUGAUAGCUGGGCUAAAAUAGAUGACAUAUUAGACAGGUUACAAAAGAUUACAUAUUAGACAGGUUACAAUACAUGAUAUGUUAGACGGGCUACAAUAGAGGAUGUAUUAGACAGGUUACAAUAUAUUACUUGUUAGACAGGCUACGAUAGAGGAUAUUGUUAAAGAAAAUAGCUGUUUCUUACGUGAGUAAACAAAGGAAAGGAAGUCAAUGGAAACCAAUAAAACAUGAUUGAGAAUACAACUUAAAACUUCUUUCAAUUUAUAGUAACAUGAAUGGAAUUUUUUAAGUCUCAAGUAAUUCAUCUUGUAUUCAUUGUUAGGUCCAGCUGACUUUUUGACCAUUGUCUGUAGUCUAGUCACCGACUGUCUUUUCGACCAUUUGUCUGUGGUCUAGUCACCAGCUGCCUUUUUGACUAUUUGUCUGUGGUCUAGUCACCAACUUCCUUUUUGUUCAUUUGUCUGUAGUCUAGUCUCCAGCUGUCUUUUUGACCAUUUGUCUGUAGUCUAGUCACCAGCUCUCUCUCUGACCAUUUGUCUGUAGUCUAGUCACCAGCUCUCUCUCUGACCAUUUGUCUGUAGUCUAGUCACCAGCUCUCUCUCUGACCAUUUGUCUGUAGUCUAGUCACCAGCUCUCUCUCUGACCAUUUGUCUGUAGUCUAGUCACCAGCUCUCUCUCUGACCAUUUGUCUGUAGUCUAGUCACCAGCUCUCUCUCUGACCAUUUGUCUGUAGUCUAGUCACCAGCUCUCUCUCUGACCAUUUGUCUGUAGUCUAGUCACCAGCUGCUUUUUUGACCAUUUGUCUGCGGUCUAGUCACCAUUAUUUUUUUUAUGUCUUUGCUAUUCAUAAAGUAAGUUGGUUGGCCAUAAAAAGUGGUUAGUUAUUACGACUUACUGGUAGCACCACUUCAGCACCACUGGUGCUUUUUAAAUGCUCGGGAAUUGAAAAUACCUCAACUUUGUUUUAAAAAGUUAUUCAUCUACUUAUUCAACGGAAUUCAGGCUUAAAUAACCUAACUAAUCCAAGUUUAAGAAUAUUGAAAUCGCCUAAAAAAUGGGUUACCUUAUUCAUGCUAUGUACGUAUGUUAUUCACACAGCUUGAACACAGUCUUUCAUUAAUUUACCUUACUCAAUUUUUAAAAAAUUACGGACCAUUUAAAAAAAAAAAAAUUAUUACCUUCAUUUAUGAAAUUGUCUGUAGGUGCUAGCUACGAAUCUCAUUUCAGAGGCUACAGUCAAAUACCAGCAUCAAGUUUCUGAGAUAUCUUUUGAUAACUGUAGUCCAGUGUCUGUGACAACGCAAGAGGACAGGUCAGAGGACUUUGAUGUUGUCAUACUCACCAUUCCUGUGCCACAGGUCUUGCAACUCAAAGGAUCUUUGCAUGAGUGGAUAGGUAACUUUAUUUUGUAUGUCUCAACUCUCAGCAAGGGGGCAUAGGUCCUUAAUAAUUUAUUUCCAAGUCUUUUGGUUUCUUGUUACCGCUAUCUUCCCUAAUCCUUUCCAAGCCUUUAGUUUCUUGUUACCGGUACUGCUACCUUCCCUAAUUUUUUCUAACUUUUUCCAAUCUCAAUUACAUCUUUGAUGACCUCUCUUCUACGGGUGUUUUUGGGCUUCCCCUUCCUCUUUAUCCUUGAAAGCUCCAUGAAUCGUAAAUUAAAAUGUGGUAAAAAUUGAAAAAAGGAACGCAACAAAACAACAAAUGUUUCGGCAAGCCUUUGCCAGCGAACGAACAACAGAAAAAAAAGAAUUAAAUUAAAAACUAGCAGUUAGCUGAAAAGUAGGAUCCGUGAGGGCAGCAAAAGAAAUGUCUGACAAUUUGCUCCUGUUAUGGCUGUCAAAUUUGUCACUUCUGUUAUGUUUGUCAAAGAUGUCACUUCUGUUAUGUUUGUCAAAGAUGUCACUUCUGUUAUGUUUGUCAAAGAUGUCACUUCUGUUAUGUUUGUCAAAGAUGUCACUUCUGUUAUGUUUGUCAAAGAUGUCACUUCUGUUAUGUUUGUCAAAGAUGUCACUUCUGUUAUGUUUGUCAAAGAUGUCAAUGAAAUAGCAAAACAAGGUGUGUUGAAGUUUGAAUUAAAGGACAGGACAAUAAGAUUUGAAUGUUUCGGCAUAGAGCCUUCUUCAGUGCAUAAGACAAAUGGAAAUAUCGCCGGGAACAGAGCACAGUAAACAACUCAAGAAAUAUCCAUUGUUGUUGCUGGAAGUAGGAUUACAAGAAGUGAGAGAAUAUAAAUAUUGACACAGUGAAAAAUAAGUUCCUCAAUAAUAAUGGACCAGAAUGUCCAGGAAUACAUAAACACACAGCAAUAAGAAGAUAGUAGAAAUACAGGGAAACAGAGAAACAUUAGUACAGGGUCUCCAAACUACGGCCCGUGGGCCACAUGCGGCCCGCGAGGCCCUCUCAUGCGGCCCGCAGAGACCUUUUUGUCUACGGAAAAAGUUACGGAAAUUUAUGUGUAUCCUGCCAAGAUCAGACGUCGCUUACGUGGACGUUAUGUUUUUACCGAAUUAAAAUAGAGGCGCGCAGUAGCGCGUUAGGUUUUCUAACCAAUCAUUACUUGGCACAACCUUAUUCGCUGCUUAGUUUUUCUACUUCCGUUCACAGUCAAUGAGAUGAUAUAACGCCAUCUAGUGGUGGAUCUUUGCCCGCCGUGUUGCAGACAUGGGAGAAAACAUUGUGACUCAAAUAGAGAAAAAUGCAAGCAAGUUUCGCCAAUUUUUAAUUUCCAUGGAUGAAUCGCUGGACAACUGUUCCACCUCACAACUGCUUGUGUUCAUUAGAGGUGUGGAUGAAGACAUGAACAUAACACAAGAGCUGGCUUCCCUACAUAGCAUGUACGACACUGUUACCGGAGAGGAUAUAUUCAAUGAGUUGAAAACAAAACAUUUGCUGAUUAUAACUUGGACUGGACUAGCCUAUUUGCCUGACUGUUGAUGGAGGAAAGAACAUGAGUGGCAUAAAGAAAGGCUUGGUUGGACACAUGAAGCAGAUGAGUAAUGAGAAAAAAAUUCUGCAACCAGUGAUCCUGAACAGUAUUAUUCAACAGAAAGCUUGUUGUACUAAAUAUGUGGACAUUAGCAGCGUACUGAAUCCUGUGGUAAAUUGGGUUACUUUAAUAAGUGCACAUGGGCUCAACCAUAGACAGUUCAGAGACAUGUCACCCACCUAGAGGCUUUCAGAUCCAAACUUGUCUUUACUUUGGAACAAGUACAGGCUAACAACUUGACACACUUUCACUUUCAUGCCUGAAGCAACAGCGGAGUUCCCCACGUCAUUUGCAUGAGAGAUCAUCAAAGACCCCCAGCUACAGUGUCAGCAGCGGUUUUCUGACUUGGAUUCAAAGGCAGAAGAAGUGAGACUCUUUCAAAAUCCAUUUAAAGCAGAUGUGGCCAGCUGCCCAGAUGAACUGUACCUGAAGGUCAUUGAGUUGCAAGCAAAUGACCUCCUUAGGGACACGUUCAAAGAAGGAUCCGCGAGUUUUUAACUAGUUUUCGCCCAAAGAAGACUUACCUAAUUUCAAAACAUUUGCAUCAAUGUACCUUUCAAUCCUUAGAGCAACAUGCCUGUGUGAGCAAACAUUUUCAUGAAUGAAAAAACGUAAAGAACACGUUGAAAACAAAUUUGUGCGAUGGUAAUCUCAGGUCACUGUUGAUGUUAGGGACAGCAAAUCUAAAUCCAGAAAUGUCUGCUAAUCACUGCUAUUUUGGCAUUCAUGAAACAAUUUCACAAUUCACAGGUGUUCAUGUGUCAAUGUGUUAUUGAAAAAAAUAACUGAAUGGAAUUAUAUAACAGAACUAAUUAAAAACAACAUCCAUGUUUUGAUUCUUUUUUAUUUGGACUUCGAUUGUGUAGUCGGCCCCCGAAAUGCUGUUUGAUAGUUAAUGCGGCCCUCGGGCUGAAAAAUUUGGAGACCCCUGCAUUAGUAGGAUGGUAUUGGAUAAAUACCAUAUGGAGAUAUGGUGCCAAACAGCUGAAUAAAUUUAUUUCCAUUUUUACCCUCUCUGGUGUGUUAGGAAAUCAGUGCCUUAAUUGUUACAUCUAAUGCACCUUUGUUCGUCUCUGUUGAAAUGUGAAGAGACUGGGGAAAGUUUACCUUGUUCAAUAUCCCGGAGAUGUUCAGCGAACCUAUCAGCCAAUCUUCUCCCAGUUUCACCUAUGUAACUAGGUUGGCAUCUACGGCACACAAUCGCAUAUAUGACAUUACGGCGAUGCAGGUGAAACCCUCUUUAAUGGUAAAGGUACCUUUAGGGAGGCUAAUGCUUUCAGUUUGGUGUGUAAAGGGACAAGUCCUACUGCGGCUUCUUAAGCAGUAAGAUAGGUCAGAUAGAAGGCGACCAUGAACCAGAAGGUCACCUAGAUUUUUGUCCCGUCUAAAGACAAUCAGUGGAGGGGAUGAGAAGACCCUGUAAGUAUCGGGGUCAGCAAGAAGUUUUUUUUUUGAAUAUUUUUUGGGCUGUUAAAUUGUGAGGGUUGAAGGUUAGUAUAAAUUUGGUACAAUCUUCAUUGUUGUUUUGACGAGGUUUGAAAGCAUCUUUCCGUGUGAGAGUGUUGAUGCGACCUAGUGCUGAGACAAGAGUAGAUUCAGGAUAGGAUCUGGAGUGGAAGAAAUCCUUCAUUUCAUCAGCUCUUUCCAAAAAGUCCUCAGCAAGCUGGCAGAGGCGCCGUAGUCAGAGAAAUUGUGAGAAAGGUAUGGAGUCUUUGCAUGAUUUGGGGUGGGAGGAUAUAAUCAAUAUGUAACUAUGGCUGUCAGUUGGUUUGUAGUCGGCAGAUGUGAUUAAUUCGUUUUCUUUCAAUGUUAUGGGGAUAUUGAGAAAGUUGACCGAAUGUCGAGAGAUUUGAGACUUAAAUUUUAUUGAUGAGUGAAAUGAGUUUUAAAAAUCCAUAAAUUUUUGGUGAUCAUUAGUUUCCAUGCUAGUCAUUCAUACCUAUGCCGUCAUCUAUGUAUCUCCUAUAAAAUUCAGGAGUACGGCCAGUAUAUGCCCUCUCUACCAUAUAUUAAAUAUAUUUAUAAUUAUUGUAUCAAAGAUGUCACUCCUGUUAUGUUUGUCAAACAUGUCACUACUGUUAUUUUUGUCAAAGAUGUCACUCCUGUUAUGUUUGUCAAACAUGUCACUCCUGUUAUGUUUGUCAAACAUGUCACUCCUGUUAUGUUUGUCAAACAUGUCACUCCUGUUAUGUUUGUCAAACAUGUCACUCCUGUUAUGUUUGUCAAACAUGUCACUCCUGUUAUUUUUGUCAAACAUGUCACUCCUGUUAUUUUUGUCAAACAUGUCACUCCUGUUAUUUUUGUCAAACAUGUCACUCCUGUUAUUUUUGUCAAACAUGUCACUACUGUUAUGUUUGUCAAACAUGUCACUCCUGUUAUUUUUGUCAAACAUGUCACUCCUGUUAUUUUUGUCAAACAUGUCACUACUGUUAUGUUUGUCAAACAUGUCACUCCUGUUAUUUUUGUCAAACAUGUCACUACUGUUAUGUUUGUCAAACAUGUCACUCCUGUUAUUUUUGUCAAACAUGUCACUCCUGUUAUUUUUGUCAAACAUGUCACUCCUGUUAUUUUUGUCAAACAUGUCACUCCUGUUAUUUUUGUCAAACAUGUCACUCCUGUUAUUUUUGUCAAACAUGUCACUCCUGUUAUUUUUGUCAAACAUGUCACUACUGUUAUGUUUGUCAAACAUGUCACUCCUGUUAUUUUUGUCAAACAUGUCACUCCUGUUAUUUUUGUCAAACAUGUCACUCCUGUUAUUUUUGUCAAACAUGUCACUCCUGUUAUUUUUGUCAAACAUGUCACUCCUGUUAUGUUUGUCAAACAUGUCACUCCUGUUAUGUUUGUCAAACAUGUCACUCCUGUUAUGUUUGUCAAACAUGUCACUCCUGUUAUGUUUGUCAAACAUGUCACUCCUGUUAUGUUUGUCAAAGAUAUGUUGCUCCUGUUAUGUUUUUUCUACCUGUUUAACCUGGGACUACACUUGUGCUACUUUUACCUGUUUAACCUGGGGCUACACUUGUGCUACUUUUACCUGUAUAACCUGGGGCUACACUUGUGCUACUUUUACCUGUAUAACCUGGGGCUACACUUGUGCUACUUUUACCUGUAUAACCUGGGGCUACACUUGUGCUACUUUUACCUGUAUAACCUGGGGCUACACUUGUGCUACUUUUACCUGUAUAACCUGGGGCUACACUUGUGCUACUUUUACCUGUAUAACCUGGGACUACACUUGUGCUACUUUUACCUGUAUAACCUGGGACUACACUUGUGCUACUUUUACCUGUAUAACCUGGGACUACACUUGUGCUACUUUUACCUGUAUAACCUGGGACUACACUUGUGCUACUUUUACCUGUAUAACCUGGGACUACACUUGUGCUACUUUUACCUGUAUAACCUGGGACUACACUUGUGCUACUUUUACCUGUAUAACCUGGGACUACACUUGUGCUACUUUUACCUGUAUAACCUGGGACUACACUUGUGCUACUUUUACCUGUAUAACCUGGGACUACACUUGUGCUACUUUUACCUGUAUAACCUGGGACUACACUUGUGCUACUUUUACCUGUAUAACCUGGGACUACACUUGUGCUACUUUUACCUGUAUAACCUGGGACUACACUUGUGCUACUUUUACCUGUAUAACCUGGGACUACACUUGUACUAUGUUUACCUGUAUAACCUGGGGCUACACUUGUGCUACUUUUACCUGUAUAACCUGGGACUACACUUGUACUAUGUUUACCUGUAUAACCUGGGGCUACACAUGUGCUACUUUUACCUGUAUACCAUAACAUAUAUCAUGAAAUAUGCCAACCUGUGUGAUCAACAACCGCACCAAGAAAAAAAAUUAAAUGUACGACAGUAUGAAAAAUUACAGAAAAAGCAACAUUUCAGUAAAUAGAAUAAUUUAUUAUGUCUUGCUCAUUUUAUUGUCAAUGUCAAAGCUAAUGGUCAACUACUUAACUUACAACUUAAUUGAUCAGCAGUAUGUGACAGUUUAUUUGAUCACCCACAUGUGACAGUUUAAUUAAUCAGCUGUAUGUGACAGUGCAAAUGAUCAGCAUCAUGUGACAGUUUAAUUGUACUACUACAUUUUACCAGCUUUUGACAAUUCAAUUGUUUAAUCCAUUAUGACAGUUGAACUAAUCGUUCGUUGUUUCACUCUACCUAGGAAACUGUCCAGAUAUGAAGAAAAAGUUGCAGAAUGUGUCCUAUUCCUCCAGAUACGCACUGGGACUUUUCUUCCCACAAAGGACUGAGCUGAAUUACCGUUGGUGUGCCAAGUACAUCUCGGAUAAUCCUUGCCUUCGAUACAUCGCAAUCGACCAAGCUAAACGUGGAAUCAGUAGGUCGAUUUGUUUAAUGUUAGUUAGAAAAAAUACGUAAGUAUUUUAUGGCUCUUCGGGAAGCAACAUCAGGUUUAUUUUCUAAGCGUUUUACUAAUCACUCCCAUAAUCGCUCCCAUAAUCGCUCCCAUAAUUACAUAUCAACUGCUGUUAAACACCAUGCCCAUAAUCUAGCUACGUAAAAAAUAAAUUUGUAUUAUCUCAUUAUUAAAGAGGGCGUCUAACAGGGUUGAACUUAGUGAACAUUUCCUCCAUCGGUCAACCCUCUUAUUUUGACAAAUUUGUGUUAAUGCUUAGGAAUGGUAUUAAAAAAUAUUAGUUUUUUCAGUAAUUCCAUUUAACCCGCACACUGAUUUCUCUCUCUAGGAUAGAGCAGUGCUUCAGAAAACUUUUCUUUUUAAUGAUUCCAAUCAUUCCCUGCUUUUUAAAGCAGAAAAUGCACAGUGACAGAUUAGUGUUAAAAUGGGAUUUUUAAAAGAAAUUUCUUGAAAUUUUCUAUUUUAUUUAAAAGAUGUGCAACUAGAUAACAACCGAGGUAGUUGUAGGAUUUGUUGUAUGAUGUAUCAAGGUGUUAUUAGAAACUCUGUGGUAUUUGUUAGAUUCACCAUUUCCAUUAGCACACAUAACUGCUAUUUAACACCAUGCCCAUUAGCACACUUCAACUGCUAUUAAAAACCUUGCCCAUUAGCACAUAUCAAGUGCUAUUUAACACCAUGUCCAUUAGCACACAUCAACUGCUAUUUAACACCAUGCCCAUUAGCACAUAUCAACUUCUAUUUAACACCAUGCCCAUUAGCACAUAUCAACUGCUAUUUAACACCAUGCCCAUUAGUACAUAUCAACUGCUAUUUAACACCAUGCCCAUUAGCACAUAUCAACUGCUAUUUAACACCAUGCCCAUUAGCAUACAUCAACUACUAUUUAACACCAUGCCCAUUAGCAUACAUCAACUACUAUUUAACACCAUGCCCAUUAGCACACUUCAUCUGCUAUUUAACACAUGUCCAUUAGCACACACCAACUGCUAUUUAACACCAUGCCCAUUAGCACACUUCAUCUGCUAUUAACACAUGUCCAUUAGCACAUAUCAACUGCUAUUUAACACCAUGUCCAUUAGCACACAUCAACUGCUAUUUAACACCAUGCCCAUUAGCACACUUCAUCUGCUAUUAACACAUGUCCAUUAGCACAUUUCAACUGCUAUUUAACACCAUGUCCAUUAGCACACAUCAACUGCUAUUUAACACCAUGCCCAUUAGCACAUAUCAACUGCUAUUUAACACCAUGCCCAUUAGCACACUUCAACUGCUAUUUAACACCAUGCCCAUUAGCACACUUCAACUGCUAUUUAACACCAUGCCCAUUAGCACACUUCAUCUGCUAUUUAACACAUGUCCAUUAGCACACUUCAUCUGCUAUUUGACACCAUGCCCAUUAGCACACUUCAACUGCUAUUUAACACCAUGCCCAUUAGCACACUUCAUCUGCUAUUUAACAUUAUGCCCAUUAGCACACUUCAACUGCUUUUUAACACCAUGCCCAUUAGCACACUUCAUCUGCUAUUUAACACCAUGUCCAUUAGCACACUUCAACUGCUAUUUAACACCAUGCCCAUUAGCACACUUCAUCUGCUAUUUAACACCAUGCCCAUUAGCACACUUCAACUGCUAUUUAACACCAUGCCCAUUAGCACACUUCAGCUGCUAUUUAACACCAUGUCCAUUAGCACACUUCAACUGCUAUUUAACACCAUGCCAUUAGCACACUUCAACUGCUAUUUAACACCAUGCCCAUUAGCACACUUCACCUGCUAUUUAACACCAUGCCCAUUAGCACACUUCAUCUGCUAUUUAACACCAUGUCCAUUAGCACACAUCAACUGCUAUUUAACACCAUGCCCAUUAGCACAUAUCAACUUCUAUUUUACACCAUGCCCAUUAGCACAUAUCAACUGCUAUUUAACACCAUGCCCAUUAGCACAUAUCAACUGCUAUUUAACACCAUGCCCAUUAGCUCAUAUCAACUGCUAUUUAACACCAUGCCCAUUAGCACAUAUCAACUGCUAUUUAACACCAUGCCCAUUAGCACAUAUCAACUGCUAUUUAACACCAUGCCCAUUAGCACAUAUCAACUGCUAUUUAACACCAUGCCCAUUAGCACAUAUCAACUGCUAUUUAACACCAUGCCCAUUAGCACAUAUCAACUGCUAUUUAACACCAUGCCCAUUAGCACAUAUCAACUGCUAUUUAACACCAUGCUCAUUAGCAUACAUCAACAGCUAUUUAACACCUUGCCCAUUAGCACAUAUCAACUGCUAUUUAACACCAUGCCCAUUAGCACAUAUCAACUGCUAUUUAACACCAUGUCCAUUAGCACAUAUCAACUGCUAUUUAACACCAUGCCCAUUAGCACACAUCAACUGCUAUUUAACACCAUGCCCAUUAGCACACUUCAUCUGCUAUUUAACACCAUGCCCAUUAGCACACUUUAUCUGCUAUUUAACACAUGUCCAUUAGCACAUAUCAAGUGCUAUUUAACACCAUGUCCAUUAGCACACAUCAACUGCUAUUUAACACCAUGCCCAUUAGCACACAUCAACUGCUAUUUAACACCAUGCCCAUUAGCACAUAUCAACUGCUAAUUAACACCAUGACCAUUAGCACACAUCAACUGAUAUUUAACACCAUGCCCAUUAGCACACUUCAACUGCUAUUUAACACCAUGCCCAUUAGCACACUUCAACUGCUAGCAAUCCUACUGUUGCAAACAAUCCAAAGCAGCUGAAAAGGAAAGAGUUCCCUAGUGUUAAAAUGGAGUUGUUGUUUCUGGCAGGCCAAGUCAACCAAGGUAAAUCUAUUGUGCUUCACACCAGCGUUCCAUUUGGCCUGGCACACCUGGAGGAGGACAUGAACUUUGUCAAGGAGGAGAUUCUCGGCCACGUCCGUAACAUUUUGCCAGAGUUGCCUAAACCCAUCAGUAUGAAACCUCAACGUUGGCGAUAUUCUCAGGUAGCAUAACAGUUUUCUCAGGUAGCAUAACAGUUUUCCCAGGUAGCAUAACAUUUUUCUCAGGUAGCAUAAUGGUUUUCCCAGGUAGCAUUACAGUAAUGGUUAUUCUCAGGUAAAAAUACAAUAAUCAAAGGUAGCAAUACAAUAAUCUCAGGUAGCAUACAAUAUUCUCAGCUAGCAUUACGCUUUCACUAGAACUUUGAAGGUAGAUUAAUUGAAUUAUUGACUGAAUUAUUACACUGAAUAAUUGUCUGAAAUAUUUGAUAGACUGAUCUUGAGAAUUAUGUGACAGAUUAGAUUCAUCAGUAGAAUUAUAUGUCAGAUUAGGUUCAACAUUAGGAUUAUAUGACAAAUUAGAUUUAUCAGUAGGAUUAUACAACAGAUUAGAUUCAUUAGCAGAAUUAAAUGACCGAUUUGAUUCAUCAUUUGAAGUAUAUGACAGAUUAGAUUCAUUAGUAUCAUUAUAUGACAGAUUAGAUUCAUCAGCAGAAUUAUAUGAAGGAUUUGAUUUAUUAGUAGAAUUAUAUGACAGAUUAGAUUCAUCAGUAGAAUUAUACGAAGGAUUUGAUUUAUUAGUAGAAUUAUAUGACAGAUUAGAUUCAUCAGUAGAAUUAUUUGACUUAUACACUAAUGGGGAGGUUGUUAACUCUGGAGAUUUUAUGAAUAUCGGGGAGCCUUGGCUAUACUAUACAUUCUACAUUUAUGAAGACAUUUUUUACAAUAACAAUUGUGAAAUUCAGGCAGUCCAUAUAUCAUUUUAUGCCUCUCAUGCAGUCAACCAUCCUCUAGCCAUAUUGUUGCUUUGUUUUUCACAAUUAAACUAGAUAUUACAAUGUUAUAUUUAGCCUGGUUUCAAAUUUAAGUCCACCAUUUACCUAAUCACGUUUCUGUGUGUGUUAUGUAAUUUGUGAAGAAAAUAUUUUGUUGGACUGAACCAAAGAUUGUAAUUGCUAGGCUAAUAAAGACUGAACCAAAGAUUGUAAUUGCUAGGCUAAUAAAGACUGAACCAAAGAUUGUAAUUGCUAGGCUAAUAAAGACUGAACCAAAGAUUGUAAUUGCUAGGCCAAUAAAGACUGAACCAAAGAUUGUAAUUGCUAGGCCAAUAAAGACUGAACCAAAGAUUGUAAUUGCUAGGCUAAUAAAGACUGAACCAAAGAUUGUAAUUGCUAGGCCAAUAAAGACUGAACCAAAGAUUGUAAUUGCUAGGCCAAUAAAGACUGAACCAAAGAUUGUAAUUGCUAGGCCAAUAAAGACUGAACCAAAGAUUGUAAUUGCUAGGCCAAUAAAGACUGAACCAAAGAUUGUAAUUGCUAGGCCAAUAAAGACUGAACCAAAGAUUGUAAUUGAUAGGCCAAUAAAGACUGAACCAAAGAUUGUAAUUGCUAGGCCAAUAAAGACUGAACCAAAGAUUGUAAUUGCUAGGCCAAUAAAGACUGAACCAAAGAUUGUAAUUGAUAGGCCAAUUGCUGCCAAAAAACACUAUUUAAGGGGAAUCUUUCGUUGUCUUUUUGGACGGGAGGUGAAAUAUCUCAUGUGUACGGAGGUGAAGUAUCUCAUGUGUAUGGAGGUAAAACAUCUCAUGUGUAUGGAGGUGAAAUAUCUCAUGCGUACGGAGGUGAAAUAUCUCAUGCAUACGGAGGUGACAUAUCUCAUGCGUACGGAGGUGAAAUAUCUCAUGCGUACGGAGGUGAAAUAUUUCAUGCGUAUGGAGGUGAAAUAUCUCAUGUGAACGGAGGUGAAAUAUCUCAUGUGUACAGAGGUAAAAUAUCUCAGGUGUACGGAGGUGAAGUAUCUCAUGUGUACAGAGGUGAAAUAUCUCAUGUGUACAGAGGUGAAAUAUCUCAUGUGUACGGAGGUGAAAUAUCUCAUGUGUAUGGAGGUGAAAUAUCUCAUGUGUACAGAGGUGAAAUAUAUCAUGUGUAUGGAGGUGAAAUAUCUCAUGUGUAUGGAGGUGAAAUAUCUCAUGUGUACAGAGGUGAAAAAUCUCAUGUGUACAGAAGUGAAAUAUCUCAUGUGUACAGGGGUGAAAUAUCUCAUGUGUAUGGAAGUGAAAUAUCUCAUGUGUACAGAGGUGAAAUAUCUCAUGUGUACAGAGGUGAAAUAUCUCAUGUGUACAGAGGUGAAAUAUCUCAUGUGUACGGAAGUGAAAUAUCUCAUGUGUACAGAGGUGAAAUAUCUCAUGUGUACAGAGGUGAAAUAUCUCAUGUGUACAGAGGUGAAAUAUCUCAUGUGUACAGAGGUGAAAUAUCUCAUUUGUAUGUACAAAAAGAGUGGUUCCAGAAAUGUUCAGGGCCAACCUGGGGGAUGGGUUGUAAGAAAAUGUGACAUCAAGCUAGUCUAUGAAAGCAAUGUCUCAUUGGUUCCCAGGUUCAUCAAGCUAGUCUAUGAAAGCAAUGUCUUAUUGGUUCCCAGGUUCAUCAAGCUAGUCUAUGAAAGCAAUGUCUCAUUGGUUCCCAGGUUCAUCAAGCUAGUCUAUGAAAGCAAUGUCUCAUUGGUUCCCUGUUCAUCAAGCUAGUCUAUGAAAGCAAUGUCUCAUUGGUUCCCAGGUUCAUCAAGCUAGUCUAUGAAAGCAAUGUCUCAUUGGUUCCCAGGUUCAUCAAGCUAGUCUAUGAAAGCAAUGUCUCAUUGGUUCCCAGGUUCAUCAAGCUAGUCUAUGAAAGCAAUGUCUCAAUGUUUCCCAGGUUCAUCAAGCUAGUCUAUAAAAGCAAUGUCUCAUUGGUUCCCUGUUCAUAAAGCUAGUCUAUGAAAGCAAUGUCUCAUUGGUUCCCAGGUUCAUCAAGCUAGUCUAUGAAAGCAAUGUCUCAUUGGUUCCCAGGUUCAUUAAGCUAGUCUAUGAAAGCAAUGUCUCAAUGUUUCCCAGGUUCAUCAAGCUAGUCUAUAAAAGCAAUGUCUCAUUGGUUCCCUGGUUCAUAAAGCUAGUCUAUGACAGCAAUGUCUCAUUUGUUCCCUGGUUCAUCAAGCUGGUCUAUGAUGUCUCAUUGGUUCCCUGGUUCAUCAAGCUAGUCUAUAAAAGCAAUGUCUCAUUGGUUCUCUGGUUCAUCAAGCUAGUCUAUGAAAGCAAUGUCUCAUUGGUUCCCUGGUUCAUAAAGCUAGUCUAUGAAAGCAAUGUCUCAUUGGUUCCCAGGUUCAUCAAGCAUACGAAGGAACUCCAGGAUGUGUUGUCAUUAGCACCAAUCCACUUGUGAUUUUAGCUGGUGAUGGUUUCUCUCUAUCAACAUUUGAUGGCUGUCUUGAUUCGGCAGAGGCUGUGCUCAAAGCUGUGAUGGACAACUUUAAGACAGUGCAAGGCAGCAGUUCAUGACCCGCUGGCAACAGUUAGUCAAUCAUUAGCACUUUAACUCCACACUUCCAAAUAAUCUGACUCCAUUUGUAAGCAAUUUAAUUCUGUCACAACAUUUUUUAAAUUCUACUACCCUUUAAACCAUCCACGCCCACCCUACCCUACCCCAACUUGUCCUACCCCACCUCACCCCAUCCCACCUUACCCCACCUCACCCCACCUUACCACACCCCAACCUACCCCAUCUCCAAAACUUUUUACCAAAAAAUUUAAUCAAUCCAAAAAUGUCCUUUUUGGUGCAGCCAGACUGUAUUUUUAAAGUAUUGUAAUAAUUCAGUUUAACUUUGAUUUUAUAAGAAAGUGGAGAGCUCUUUUGUGUUUGAAUGUUUUACUGAGCCAUACAGAAAGUUUGAAAAAAUGAUGAGCCAGGCAUACCAUCUAUGAGUUUUGAUUGUAUUACUGAUGAGCCAGCAAUGCCAUGUAUUGUAGCUGGCAUUGACGACAUUCAGAUAGUAAUGGAUGUAAUUUCUAUUAAAAUUUAUAUAUGCCUAUUACAAUUUAUGAAUGCCUACUACCGAUACAUUUUAUGAAUGCCAUUAUUGCAAAUAAUUCUGUUAAUUCAUAUUUCUUAAAUUCAAUUAUUUUCUAAAGGAGUAUAAGAUUACCUCAUCAUGAAUCUAUUAGCUGGAAAAAAAUAUUUAUAGUGAUCCUAAAUAACAUACCUCUUUUUAUUCCACGGUCUGAUCCUUUUGUCCUGGAAAACUCUGUCAUUUAAACCAUUUUGUGGCUACCUCUAAUUUUAAUAUACAAAUUGUAGCUACCUCCAAUAUUAUUAAUAUAGCUACCUCUUUGAGUAAUAAUGUAUAUGCAUAAUUGUUAAUGGGAAAAAAGUGCUUUGGUUUGUGUGUGUGCAACCAUCUUGUGGUAGAUGUUAUUUGGAAUACUAGGUUUUGAAUACAUGUCUUCUUAACCUGCUUUGUUGAACAGAUUUCUAGCAAUUUAUAAACAUGCUUUUUACUUAUUGAAAUGUGAGUAUGGACAAUGGGCUAAACAUACAACAUUUUUGUUGCGUUUGAAUAAAAUAUUUAUAGAUGAUCAUUUGUCAAUGUAUUAAGUUCAUGAUUGAUAAUAUAUGGCGGAGUAACUUAUACACACUUCAUCCAAUGGCUUACUUUCAAUAGGGUUAAAAAUAUCUCUGAUGCUCAUGCCUCCAAGUCUCCUCAGUGACAAGACUAAACUUAUGAUCCCAGAUAAUCUCUCAGCCAAACAGAUUUUCUUGCCAGGGGCAAAGUAUAUGCUGUACCGGUACUAUUAUUUGCAGCUCAGACAUAAAAUGUAUGUCAUCAAAGAUAUUGGGAAUCAGCUAUCAUGCUCAAUUGCAGUAUGGAUUUAAAAAAUGUGGAAUAUGUGGCAUAUUGUAGCAAACAGCUGGCAGAGUCUGUCCUUCUCCUGGUAAAUGUCUGAAGGAUUGACACAUCAUAUGCAAUCAUGUGAAUUUCUCUGGCUAUUGACCUAAGACUCUGUUGAAUUAUGUAUGUCAAUGUCCUCUUAUGUCAAGGUCCUCUUGUUUAUUGACUUGAUGUAUUGUUUCGAUGAAGGCAGCUCAGAACUUUAGUUGGACGAAACUAGCUUUUAAAGGAACACAAGAAAGAUGGCCCACUUAAUAUCAAGGCAGCCUUCCUAUGCAGUGUGCAGACAAUGAUGAAACAUCUGACACCAACAUAUGGUUUCAUUUAUGAUUGAAACACCAGUUGUGCAUCCAUGGCAUCUGUCUUUAAUAGGAGUUUAGACAGCAGUUUAAUUUGUCGCAGCAUAAUAAUUUAUACAUUUUAGUUGAUCCAAAUAUUUGCAGUUUUUGCCUUCUUGUUAAGCAGACUUAAAAUGAAUCGUCUGUACAGUGACAUCAAUAAAUCAGUCAUAUUUAUUGUGGAAUAAUCUUUGUCUAUUUGUCAAACUUUCUGUUGUGCUGUGAACAAGUCUCACUUUCAAAUGUUCCCUUUCUUAUCUCUCUAUUUCUUUGGUGUUUUAAUUCUUUAGUGUCCUUAUCGGAAAAGAAGUUUUAAGACUAACCUGUUGUCACGCUCGCAAUGUACUUUAAUCCAUCAGAAUCUUCAAUAAUAGUUCCCCUUUUUUGUUUUCUUUUGAAAAAUGUUUGACUUAAAUUGUAAUUGUUUGUAAUUGUAAUGAAAAUUGUAUAUUGUAAUUGUGAUUAAGAUUGUAUAUUGUAAUUCUGAUUAAGAUUGUAUAUUGUAGUACAUUGUCAGAUUAUCUACAGUGAGAUUUACAUUGUGGGCAUCCUUUUCAAAUGGUUAAAAUUUAUUUAAUGUUUAAUUUAUACAUUAUUUCUAACAGUAAGAAAAUACAUGAACUUUUUCUUUUUUUUAAGGUUAGAAUUUAUUAAGUUUUUUUUUCCUAAUGCUAAUUAGAUUAUAAUCCCAUACUUGUAUGCUAAUUAGAUUAUAAUCCCAUACUUGUAUGAUAAUUAGAUUAUAAUCCCAUACUUGUAUAAUUAGAUUAUAAUCCCAUAAUUGUAUGAUAAAUAGAUUAUAAUCCCAUGCUUGUAUGAUAAUUAGAUUAUAAUCCCAUACUUGUAUGAUAAUUAGAUUAUUACCCCAUACUUUUAGGAUAAUUAGAUUAUAAUCCCAUACGUGUAGGAUAAUUGGAUUCUAAUCCCAUACUUGUAUGAUAAUUAGAUUCUAAUCCCAUACUUGUAUGAUAAUUAGAUUCUAAUCCCAUACUUGUAUGAUAAUUAGAUUCUAAUCCCAUACUUGUAUGAUAAUUAGAUUCUAAUCCCAUACUUGUAGGAUAAUUAGAUUCUAAUCCCAUACUUGUAUGAUAAUUAGAUUAUAAUCCCAUACUUGUAUGAUAAUUUCUUCUAACUCAAUAAACAACAAUGAACAGCAGUCUUAUUGACAGACCAUUUUGCCAUUAACAGUGGAGAAAUGUUUUGUGACAGACCAUUUUGCCAUUAACAGUGAAGAGAUGUUUUGUGACAGACCAUUUUGCCAUUAACAGUGAAGAGAUGUUUUGUGACAGACCAUUUUGCCAUUAACAGUGAAGAGAUGUUUUGUGACAGACCAUUUUGCCAUUAACAGUGAAGAGAUGUUUUGUGGAUCUAAUCAAAUACCAGUUUUUAUGGUAUGCUUGAACAAGGCAUUGUUCUCGACUGAGAUUGACCUAUGAACUGAGAUUAAUCUACUCAUGUAAUAAGCAGCUCCUUUUUUGUUGUCUGUUAGCCUCUUUUCUGCCAUUUGUUUACAAGCAGGAUAUUUAUGUAAUGGAAAUGGAAGUAAGUCCGUUGUUAAAUUGAUGAAGCUUAUUAUUGCUUUUCCAAUAUUGUAUAUUGAAGAGGACUUUAACAUGGAUGCAAUCCUAACAUUUACAGUUUUGCUUCACUAACUAAUAAGUUAUUUUUAUUUGUGUUAGAUAGAACCUUUGAAAUGGGUUAUUUUUAUCUUCAAAAAUAAAUAUUUCUAAAUAAUUGAUGGAAAAC